UGAUCAUUUCUGUUUGGUGAGGAGGAAUCUGCCAAGCUCAGCAUGUUGAAGUGAAGCCAAAAACAGCCUUCGUCUGAUGAUCUUACAAAUGCCUGAUUUGGCCAGAAGAAGUCGUAUGACAAAGUAGUCAGUUCAUUUCUAACUUCAGCUCCUGAACAGUUUAAACUAAGCAAAAUUUUGUUGCUUUGUCUUACCCAGAAUGAGUGUAUCUGGUGUUGCGCUUUAGUUUUCAACCCAGAUUGGAUUGUGUUUUGGGUCCCAGCCGUCCUCAGUCCUGUUGAGCUCUGGCAUGAAGACUUUGCUGCUUCACAACCGAGAAAAAGCAGAUUUUCCCUCCAAGAGCUUGAUGAACCUUACUGACAAGGAAGACUCUAACACUAGAUGAAGACCUGAGGUGGAGAACAAGACUUGGCUGAGGAUAACUACUUGUCAAUUUUGUGGAUUUCCUUUUCUUUCCUUUUCUUUUUUUUUUUUUUUUAGCUUGCCAGCAUAGCUAAAAGACUUGCAUUUCUCCAAAUAGCUGCUAGUUUUGCUUAUCAGACAUGUGAAAGCUGCUAACCUGUAUUUUGUAUUCAUUUUGGAAAACUGAGCCGUUGUAAGAUAUCUGGCUCAGGGGAACGCCCAUCCUGGUACAGCCAUGGAGGGUCUUGAGCAGCUUGAUGUGGUGGGUGAUAUCAGCCCAGCUCUGGAGGCCACAGAGGACUUCAUCCACUGUGUUGAUAGGAUGCAAGGCCAAGGUUCAAGCCAAACUCAAACAAGCAACCACCAGCCUCCCAGGCAGCCAAAGCAGCUGCCGGACGUGUCCAGUGCUGCGUUGGGGAAGCUGAGCUCCAGCGGUGUGUGGGGGCUGCUGGCUGGAGAGCAGCCAGAGGUGGGGCCCCUUGGCCUGGCCUGGGCUGACAACUUCAGUGUGCUGGGACUGGGGGUGGGCUUGAGGCACGGCAAGAGAAGCAGAGCGCGCUCCACCAACGACCUGGCGGCCCAUUCAAAAGAGUGCACCAACAACACCGGCAGCAACUCAUCCAACACUGUUUUCAAAAAGGGACACAAUCGGUCCAGAUCAGACGUUAACUACCGUCCGUCUGCCUACACGGACAACGGGCUGCCCGCGGUGGACUCCAACACGCUGAAAAACAUGAUCCUCAACCACCAGCAAGAAGCUGAAAAAAGCAGCAGUAGCAGUGUGGUGAAGCAGGGUGAGAUGGAGCAGCGCGAGUGGCCUCGGGGCCGUUGGGCGCCCUGCUACAUCGAGUUGACGCCUUGCGAGCUCCGGCUGUACACUCUGGACAGCAGUGCCAACCGUCAGCUGGGCACCGCCUACUCGCUGUCACACUGCCAGAGCGUCAUCUCACCAGCACCCUGCAGCCAGUCCAGUCAGAUCAGCCAGCCUGUAGACCAACGCACACUCCAGGCUGUGUUCUUCAACAGCACACGUCUCCAGCUGAGAGCAUCCAACCAAUGGGAAGCCAUGGAGUGGAGACGGCUGAUGUGGGAGAAGGUGCAGGCGACCAGACCUGUGAGACAGGAAAGCCGUCAGCAUAAGAGCGAAGUGGAAAACCAACAGAUGGCCAAAUUUCCUGCGCCCAUGUCGCCUUCCUCAUCGCCUUCUCCAUCUGGGCUUGACACCAGACCUGAUGGCGACAGUGACACCCCUACAUCAGCGGAGGCCACGCUCUCUCUUCAGUCUAGUACUGGUGUCCUGAGCAGACCCACCACCUUACCUCUGUUCACUCAGCGCUGUCAGGAUGUCCUCAAAGCGGGUCUACUUCACCAGCUGAUGGAUCAGAACAAGUGGCGAGCCUUUACCUUUGUCCUGACCAGAUCUGCUCUCCAGGCCUUCCCAACUGAAGGUUGCAGUUCUGUGUCUCAGCCUGUCCUCCAGUACUCCCUUGCAUCCUGCUUAGCUGUACAACAUGAUCAGGACCUGGGGAACAGAGAGCCGUGGAACGAUAACGGUGAAAUUUUCCAGGCAGUUUUCCCCAAAAUGAUACUCAAACUUCGGGCAGACGAUCGGCUGAAGGCUCAGGAAUGGGUGGAGGUUCUGCGUGAGGCAGCAGGAGCACAGAGGCCUGGACAAGAAGAAGGGAAAGAACCAGGUGAAGGACCUCCAGGCCUUCAGGGAGUUCUGAUCAGAUCUAAACCGUCCAGGGACAGGAGGCAAAGGGAGGCCCAGAGAGCCAAGCGACAAUCAGUCACCACCAGUUUCCUCAGUAUUCUGACCUGCCUGGCUGUGGAGAAAGGGCUCACAGCUCAGAGCUUCAGGUGUGCAGGCUGUCAGCGUCCAAUUGGCCUAUCCAGGGGAAAAGCAAAGGUGUGUUACUACAGCGGCUGGUACUACUGCCAGAGCUGCCAUCAGGACAACUCUUUUCUCAUCCCAGCACGCCUGCUGCACAACUGGGACACCAGUAAGCACAAGGUGUCUAAACAGGCCAAGGAGUUCCUUGAGUUUGUGUAUGAGGAGCCACUGCUGGACAUCCAGCAGCUCAAUCCCUGUCUGUAUGAACACUGUGAAGCUCUGAGCACAGUGCUGCGUCUCCGCCAGCAGCUUCAGUCGCUGCGGGCCUACCUGUUCAGCUGCCGGGCGACCGUUGCCGAGGAUCUGAGGCGAAGGAUUUUUCCCAGGGAAUACCUGCUACAGCAUAUUCACCUAUACUCCCUAGCCGACCUGCAACAGGUGAUCGAUGGGAAACUGGCUCCUUUCCUGUCCAAAGUGAUCAAGUUCGCCAGCUCUCAUGUGUUCAGCUGCAGUUUGUGUCGAGAGAAAGGUUUCAUCUGUGAGCUCUGCCAUGACAGACAGGUCAUCUACCCUUUCCAGGAGAACGCCACCCGCAGGUGCGACGGCUGCGGCGCCGUUUUCCACGCAGAGUGUCGGCAGAAAGCUCAGCCGUGUCCUCGCUGCGUUCGCAGAGAGCUCCACCACAAGAGGCCGUCAUCCUUCUGGUCGCCCGAUGACGACAGCCCCGGGUGCUUUCACCUGCCCUACCAGAACACCUGAGGGCAGCGCGCCUGCAGCGGCUACAACAAGUGGGGCACCGUUCGGCCUCCACGCCGCACAAAGUGCCUGUGUUUCUCAUUUCUGUGUCUGCAGGUUAAAGCUAGCUGCAGCUUUCACCCGAGGAUAGAUGCCGGAGCAUGUGAUGCGCCGAAAGGGUUGCAUUUUUUAUGUGUGUGCAGCCUGCCUACACACAUCUGAGCUGAGCCUCCUUCGUCCUACUGUAAAGAGCAAGGAGAAACCCAAUUGCUGCGUCAGGCUUCACUGACCCAUCUGCCGAGUAUUUUGUUGUCAAACGUCUUCACACAGAUUCCCUUUCCCUCCCACCUUCAUCUCCUACACGUCACUUCCUUCCUCCUAUCUCGUACUUCAGGGGUUUACACAUAAAAUCACAGCUGGCAACUGGAAGAAUUCAGAUGGAAAGUGGAAAAACGUUGGUAGUCCGCUGGAAUCUUCCACUCUUAAUGCUUUGCUUUGAAAUUUAAAUUACUCAUCAACAAACAGAAAAUUAAUAAAAUUUACUGAUUUAUUCACAAAAAGCACAAAAUUUGCUGCUUUUUUUUUUCUUGUUGAAAUAAGCAAACUUGAAACCUCAGCUGCUUUUGACUUUUUAAAACUUUUGUCUUUGUUUACAAAAAACUCAAGGGAACUAUUAGAGAAUAUUACAGACACAGCAGCCUUGAAAGUUAGCUAGUUUCCCUGAGUUUGUAUUAUUUAUUUACUUUGAUAUUACAGAGAAUAACGUCUUUCGACUUGCAUUCAUGUCACUUAGAGUCAAAUGAAAUAUUAAAGGAUGAGUUCACACUUUUGUGUCCAUUUUGAAGCAAUAGUCUGAUAAAAGCUGUAACUUUUAUCCUACUCCUGUUGAUUUAAAAGAAGGGGAAAAAUCCUCCGUUGGUGUUUUAUUUAAAAGAAAAACUUCAAGAUUUUUUCAUUAAGUGAAGAUGUGGUUUUUGCACCAUCAUUUGCACUUAAUUUGGUUCAGAAAAUAUCUCCUUAUGAACAGUGGGGACAGGAGGAGUGCUUACAGCUAGCAAAACAAAAGACUAACAAAAAAUAAAUGAGUAUACAUAUAACCUACUCAGUGUGGUUUUUAACAAAUAUAAUAUAAAGUGUGAACUGACCUGAUUAACCGUAAAACUUCAGAAUUUUAGCAGAAACACUCCUGCAGCACAACCGGCACAAACUCAACAC